UGCAGCAGACGAAGAUAAAACGAAGUACAGAGUAUACCACAGAUGAAAUAUUAGGUGCGGACAAACUCAGUAAUCUCUAGCCGUAAACAGAUCUUGAGCAACAACCAUGUUACAAGAUAUAGUCCAGUCAAACAGUCAUCUCGCCAAGUUAAACAUGAAUAAAAAGGAAGAUACUCCUUCACGUCAUUCGUUUUCCAUCGAAUCGUUAAUCAAGACGUCAUCACCACGUCACAAUUACGACAGUGACGAAAGGUCCGGCAACUCUUUUAGCCCGGAAGCUACGAGCUCUAGAAAAACAGAAACGAAGUCUCCACAGCUCGUCCAUAGAACCAGCUCUCCGCAAAAUACAACUACGUUGAGAUUCUCCCCUUCUAAUACGCCUCACAGCAGCGAUCGGCUACAAGACGAAGGUACAAGCUCUCCGAGAGAAUAUGGUUUAAGUCAGUCUUCGUACCAGCAGCACCAUUUUCAACGUCCUUGUAACAGAGGAUCACCCUUGAAGCAACCGUUGUUUCAUAGCAGGGAUUUUCCGAACAAUUUAACCCCACAUAAUGGCUACCUGAACGCGCUAAGACAGAUUUCGCAACAGAAUUAUUCGUGGAAUGAUAGAGCUGCAGCGGCAUUAGUAACGUUUUCAGUUUUGGGUGGGAAUCUUGGCCAGUGGCAAAAUAACAAUCUUAAUUAUCCCCACUGCUCUGAACGAGACAUUCAAGACUAUCAAGCAAGCUCAUACUCACACGCCCCGGACCUCAGAAGUAUUCAUAGAAACCCAGCUUAUCAUCGCAACGACCCAAGUUAUAUGGUGGACCAAAGUCAAGGAUGCGGUAGCGGAUCGUCAAUGCAGCAGUUACCUGCAGUUGAACAUCAAGUUAGCAGUCGGGUAACACCAGACCCCGUUACAGACACAACGUCGCCACUAUGUGAAGACGAUGAGCAGGGAGACCGGAAGCGGAUGCGCACCGCGUUCACUGGGAGUCAGCUGCUUGAGCUUGAGAGGGAAUUCCACUCAGACAUGUACCUGACCAGGCUUCGUCGAAUUCGAAUUGCACAGAUGCUCAACCUCUCCGAAAAACAAAUCAAAAUAUGGUUUCAAAACAGAAGGGUGAAGAAAAAGAAGGGCGAGAAACCCCAGCAGGACUCGCGGGAACAGUGUUAGUUUGAUUCAGAAUAUUUUGCCGCAUUUUAGAUGCAACCGUUUUGGCCUACACUGAAAUGUCGGUAAUGUGCAUUACUGUGAACUAUAUUUAACGUGGCCUUUAUGUGAUAAGCCGAAUAAACUGCAACUAUAUUA